CAAGACAAGCCACAAGGUUGAGAGUUGACCUUAGAUGAACAUGUUAUGAAGGAAAUACCACUUUGUUUCCCAUGGUCAAGAUUGAGGUCCAAUAAUAUCGGAAAAAGAUGUCGAACAGUUUGUGUUUGCUGUAGUUGCAAGUUAAUUUACAGAAGGAUUGAUUCUGGGACAUGUCAAGAAUUGAAAAUAUGGAAAUUAUCUCUAACAAUGGGCAACCAGAGAAGAUUCACAUUCAGCUAAACCAUUUCAAACAAAAGUCCAAUUGGGAUUGUGGAGUAUCAUGUGUCCUUAUGGUACUCAAUCGAACACAACGACAAGAAUUUCUGAAGAAUUUUAUGCAAAUUUGCAACAAUGAGGGAUUUAAUAAAAGCACUUGGACAAUUGAUCUCUGUUAUUUAUUGAAGAAAUUCGACGUACGACAUAUAUUUUAUACUAUUACUUUAGGGGUCCAUGAAGGAUAUAGAGGAAAUAGUUUUUAUCACAAAGUUUUAACAAAAGAUGAAAAUCGGAUUACUACAAGGUUCAAAAUAGCAGAAAAUUCGGGUAUAUUUAUAAGAAACUCUUCUCUAUCUAUAACAGAGGUUAUGGAACAUCUAGUCAAUGGACCUGUUAUAGUUUUAACAAAUGCGAAACAUUUAUGCUGUGAUAUUUGCAAACUAAAUAAGAUUUCUAGUGAGUUUAGAAAAUGCAUUCCAUGGCCAGUAACUUAUCAGGGCCAUUAUAUAGUUUUAUGUGGAUAUGAUAUCAAUUCCAGGAAGGUGUUUUACCGAAACCCCUCUUUUGGAGACCAUGUAUGUACUAUGUCCAUGACGAUGUUUGACCAAGCGAGAAAGAGUUAUGGAACUGAUGAAGACAUCAUAUUGAUUUAUAAAUGAUGAGAGUACCUAUACAUAUUAUCUAGAUCUAGGUAAUUUUUCAGUGGAAAGUACCAGUGUUCAGGUUCUCCUUGCCAAAAAAGAACUUAUGAUGAAGUAGGUAGGUAUAGAGGGUAGAAUACUGCAUAUACCUAAACUUUUGUAUUUGAAGACGUUCCUACAAGUGUAUAGGUAUAGGUAUACCUACAACUGCCAUGAAGAAUAGAAUAAAAUUUGUAGGUAUCAAGUACCUACUUAUUUUUGUCAAGAAAUUUUCUUUUUAUUAUUCCAUGCACAAACCAUUCAACUUUGAAGAAUAAAAGAAAUGUAUAAAAUAAAGAAAUUAUAAAUAAUAAUGUAGACUAUUAA